AUGCCCGGUGAUGGCGGCGGCGUGAACAUCGAUCGCGCCGUAGAACAUGGUAUUGAAACACGCCGAGCGCAGCGCGAAGCAAGUACAUAUGUGAUAUGGCCACCAUCGCCACCACAGCCUCUGACAGACGAGUUUAUGUCUUCUGCGGUCAGACCCCGAUCUCGACGUCAUCACCGCCACCAUCGGCACCAUCCUUGGCAUAGGCUAUCCAGUUCACGACGCCCUUCUGAUACGAAAGAUGCUUUGUCCAUUCAUCCAUCUGAUUCUGAUGAAGACGUCGUGGGUCCGCAUCCCAUGUCUGACCACGAUAACGCACGCGCACUGGAUGAGCGUGCAUAUGGAAAGCAGCUUCUUCCAGGCGAAGGCGCGGCUAUGGCAUCCUACGUUCAAAGCGGCAAACGUAUUCCGCGGCGUGGUGAAAUUGGAUUGAACGCUGAUCAAAUCGAAGCGUUUGAGCGUGCAGGUUUCGUAAUGAGUGGCUCGCGACACGGACGCAUGAAUGCUGUGCGUACGCGCAAGGAGCACCAAGUCAUCUCGGCAGAGCAACGCCAAUCGCAACUUUCGCAAAAGCGCCUGGACAGGGCGCGGAAAGAAGCCGAGAUUAUUCAUCAGUUCCGCGACAUGGUGGACACCAUGCAGCAACAACCAACCAACUAA